CUUUUUUGAUCCUUCGUUCCUCUCCUCCUGUUCCCAUUAUUCCCUCCCUCCCUCCCUGUCAUCUUCAUCCCCUCCCCUCUCUCUCCACCACCUUAAUUUACUCACCAUGGGUGCCAUUGAAAUCCCUCCUUUGGAGUAUACUCCUGUUGACGAGGUCGCUGAACGCGUCUCUCGCUGCCGCAAGACCUUCCACGAGCAUACCACUCGCGAUGUGGAGUACCGGCUGGUCCAGCUCCGGAAGCUUUACUGGGCCAUCAAGGAUCGUGUCGACGAGAUCCAUGAGGCUUUGCGUCUCGAUCUGAACCGGCCUCUCUUUGAGGCCGUCAUGGCUGAAAGUACCUGGCUGCUCAAUGACAUUGUCUUCGUUUGCCGCAAUCUCCCCAAAUGGGUCAAGGAUGAGAAGGCCGAAGAUAUCGACCUCACCUUUAAGUUUACCAGUCCCAAGAUCCGCAAGGAUCCUUUGGGUUGCGUUUUGGUUAUUGGUGCUUUCAACUACCCUUUCCAGUUGACGCUGGGUCCAGUUAUUGGCGCUAUCGCAGCGGGUAACACCGUUGUCAUCAAGCCUAGUGAAAAGUCCUCCAACUGUGCGGUGGUCAUCCAGCAGAUUAUCGAGGCUGCUCUUGACCCCUCCGCCUACACCAUUGUUCAGGGUGCUAUCCCCGAGACUCAGGCCUUGUUGGCCGAACGCUGGGACAAGAUCUUCUUCACCGGCAGUGCUAAUGUCGGUCGCAUCAUCGCUAAGGCAGCGGCUCCUAACCUCACCCCCAUUGUUUUGGAGCUGGGUGGCAUUAACCCCGCCAUCAUCUCCAAGAAUGCCGACCCCCGACUGGUCGCGCGCAGACUAUUCUGGCCCAAGCUGAUGAACGCUGGUCAACUCUGCACGUCGCAGAACUACCUGCUGGUCGAGAGGCCGCUUGUCGAUGCUGUCGUGGAGGAGUUCAAGAAGGUCUACAAGGAGUUCUACCCCCAGGGUGCCAAGGGCUCUGCGGACUUCUCCCAUAUCAUUGACGAUGCUUCUUUCCACCGUAUCAAGGGCAUGAUCGACAACACCAAGGGCAAGAUUGUCAUGGGUGGCAGCAUGGAUGAAAAGGAGCGCUUCAUUGAACCCACCGUUGUUGUGGUCGACUCGCCUGAAGACUCCAUGAUCACACAAGAGAGCUUUGGUCCUCUCAUUCCUAUCUUGCCUGUUGACAGCGUCGAGCAGGCUGUCCAGAUCGCCAACGGCGUCCAGUCCACGCCUCUGGGCCUCUACCCGUUCGGUUCCAAGGCGGAAGUUGAGAAGAUCCUGUCACAGACCCGCUCCGGCGGUGUUGCCGUCAACGACGCCGCCCUGCACAUCCCCACCCUCCCCUUCGGUGGUGUUGGCGAGAGCGGUCAGGGUGCUUACCGGGGUAAGGCCAGUUUCGAUGUCUUUGUGCACCGUCGCACAAUCACCACUAGCCCUAGCUGGAUCGAAAGCUUCCUCGCCAUUCGCUACCCGCCCUACAACGGCAAGGAGGAGCUCUUCAAGAAGGCUACUACUUUGAUUCCCGACUUUGACCGCGACUGCAAGAAGGUCCAGCUGAGCUGGCUCAGAUACUUUUUGACUCUUGGUGGUGGCAGUGCCAAGUCUGGUGCUGCUCGUGCCACUGUUGUUGCUGCUGGUGAGUGAUUCUUUUUACUAUCGUCAACUGUCAUUUUCUUGCUACAACCCCUCUAUCCACUGCGUAUCGUUGUUUGAUAUGCCAGACUUCUUACCUCCGCAUCCCCUUCAGACCGAGAGUGAAUUAUCCCGCACGUCGCUUCCACGUUAAUUGGAUACCCCGAUACCCUGGAUACGUAAUUUACAUAUACACUAAACAUAAUAUCUAUUGAUAAUUAUCGCUUAAUGUUCUACACAUAAUGUUUUGCUUAACGUUCAGACGAUGUACGAGCAUUUACUUACAUAUCUAUGAUUAGUGGCUUAUAUCGCACGUCAAGUGCUCGAGCGCCGAUUGGCGAAGCUCUGAUUGCGCCAGUAUAUC